AUGUCUACACGAGACCUCUUUGAUACAAUCGCCGACGAAGGCAGCGAAGAGGAAAUAGAUGAGGACUUUGAUGGCGAAGAGGGAGGUGUCAUUCCCAAGAAGAUCAACGGCGAAGGUGAAGGCUUCAUCGCUGAUGAGGAGGAAGAGGAAGAGGAAGAGGCACGUAGGCGGCGGCGCAGGAAGAAGAGAAAGAACCGCGAAGCCGACGAAGCCCUCGAUGACGAAGAUCUUGACCUGAUUGGCGUCGAAGUCGAGCGACCAGAGGAGCCACAAUCGAAAUACAAGCGACUGAAACGCGGCCACAAGGAGCGCGUCAAGUCGCGCGGCAUCGACGACAUCUUCUCCGACGACGAGGCAGGCGAAGACAUUGACGAGCCGCGACGGAUCGGCGGUGACGAGUUCGACGGUUUCAUCGAGGACGACCAGUUCGAGGACGAGAUCGAAGACGACCGCGACGUCACACAGCCCGGUAUCAGCCUUAUAACACAGGGUCUUCAAGCCGCCGGACUAGAUGAGGGUGCCGAGGAAGACUACAGGGCCGCUUUUGGUGAUGGCACUGACUACGACUGGGCGCUGGAAAUGCAAGAGGCCGAAGAGGAGGAGCAGACUGGCGAAGGCCGCGAGCUCCAACUCAAGGAUGUCUUUGAACCAUCACAACUGCAGGAGCGCAUGUUGACUGACGAAGAUAAUAUCAUUCGCGAGAUUGACAUACCAGAGCGCCUGCAACUAGCCCGACGGCCGUUCAAGCCACUCGAGCUCACGCCCGAGGACAUGCAAGCACGCUUAACGGAAGAAGCUGCAUGGAUCAGCACUAUGCUUUGGCCAAAGAAAGGGCUCCCCGGCUACUUCCAACAGCCUUUUCAAAGGGCUGUGCGCAAGGUAUUGGAGUUUAUCAACAUCGAAGACUAUGAAGUUCCCUUUAUCUUCAACCACCGCAAAGACUACCUCAUCCAUGCACCGAAGAAUAACGACGAUUUUGAUGACGACAUCGAGAAUGCGCCGCCCCCAGGUGCCCGCCCCGAGCGCCUCCUCAAUCAGAGUGACCUGUGGGAAGUCUUUGACAUGGAUCUCAAGUUCCGAGCAUUUGCUGAGAAGCGAGAUGCACUUCGUCUAAACUACGACAACGUCCGGGCAGUAGCACCAGAAAUCAAUGACACUGAGAUCGAAGACCUGGCUUCGAAAGCCUUGACUAUCGAGGAGAUUCAGGAGCUGCAAGAUUACCUGCACUAUCGAUAUCAGCAUGAGAUAAGCGAAGUUCGACAAGAGACAAAUACCGGACAGAAGCGCGCCAACAAUGCACGCAACUUCUUCGACAAGCUCCGUAGCAGUAAGGCGCAGCAACUGAUACAGGCUAUUGGUAUCACUCCAGAGGACUUUGCAAAGAAGGUUGAUGGAACAAGCAGGGGCGCUCACGUCAUUGAAGAUCCCCCAAUGAUGGUGCAAGAGCUUGCAGAUCAAUUAGCCGAAGCUCCAGAGACUGGCCUCGGGUUACUCAAGUCUGCCAAGCUGCUUUUUGUGCAGGACUUGUUGAUGAGCUCGCGACUACGAAGAUUCUUGCGUAGCAGCUUUUAUCAGAACGCCCAAAUUGAUUGUAUCCGGACCGACAAGGGUAUGCGGAAGAUUACUGAGGACCAUACUUACUAUGAGUUCAAGUAUCUUCGUAGACAAACAUUUAUGGAUCUACAAGGCCGACCAGAUCUGUUCUUGAAGAUGCUCAAAGCUGAACAAGAAGGUCUCGUGCAGGUCAAGAUCUACAUGGGCGCAUACCAUCAGUUCAAGGCGCGUCUACAAGAAAAGAUUGUCUCUGACAAUGUCAGUGAAGCUUCAGAUUCAUGGAAUGCUCUCCGGAAGGAAUUACUCGAUAAUGCUCUGGAUAAGCUGCAGGCCAUCAUCGCCAAUGGAGUGAAGGAAUCAUUACGCGCUCGAUGCGAAGACGAACUCGCCAGCCGUGCUCGUGAGAACUACUACAAUAAGCUCGAUCAGGCCCCAUUCAAGCUCAAGCACGCGGCCAAUGGCUCUGUGCCCAACGUUCUGUGCCUAUCCAACGGCAAGGGUCAGCGUGGGGAUGCCGUCAUGUGGGCUUACGUUGAGAACGACGGUCGUGUUCUUGAGCAAGGCAAACUUGUUGAGAUGAGGCUUGGUAACCAGGAACGAGGCAUUCCUGAAGGCCAGGACAUUGCCAAACUUGUUGAUGUUGUACAGCGUCGACGUCCGGAUGUGAUUGGUGUCAGCGGUUUCACUGUAGAGACGCGAAAACUUUACAAAGACAUUCAAGAGAUUAUCAACAUCUACAAUCUCUCAGGCCCAGCAUACGAGGACGAGCAGACAGGCGCGGAUCGGAGCGAUCCUCUCGAGGUGGUCAUGGUCAACGAUGAGGUAGCUCGUCUGUAUCACACCAGCGCUCGUGCCGCUGCCGAGUUUCCCAAAUACUCUGCACUCACCAGGUACUGCAUUGCCCUCGGACGAUAUCUGCAAAAUCCUCUUGCAGAAUACGCCUCUCUCGGAAAAGACAUUGUGUCGAUACCAUUCAUUCCUCAACAGACAUUGAUACCACAGGAGAAACUUUUGGAGAAACUAGAGACUGCCAUGGUUGACAUGGUCAAUCUCGUUGGUAUCGACCUCCCAGAGACGUAUGACGACGCGUACAUGUCAAAACUGCUUCCUUACGUCUGCGGUCUGGGCCCUCGCAAAGCGGACAGGUUGGUCAAGGCGAUCCAAGCUAAUGGCGAUGAGAUCCUGUCGCGGUUCGAUCUACUUGGUGUCUCUGAGAACACAUCUCGUGAUCUCAAAGCGGCUAUGGGCCCCAAGGUCUUCCAGAACUGCGCAAGUUUCCUCUACAUCCCUUACGAUUCAAGCGAAGAGACAUCAGACUACCUUGACUACACGCGUGUACAUCCCGAAGAUUACGAUCUAGCCCGGAAGAUGGUCGCCGAUGCUCUCAACAUGGACGAGGAGGAUGUCAAGGCCGAGACCGACGAAGGGGGGCCAAGUGCUGUUGUUCGCAAGAUGGUUCGCGAAGACACAACCGACUUGGUGAACGACCUAGCACUGGAGGACUAUGCCGACGAGAUCGAGAAAAAUUUUGGUCAACGCAAGCGCGCAACACUUGAAACCAUCCGUGCCGAGCUUGAAAACCCUUACGAAGAGAUCAGACAAAUAUUUGCGCUCAUGUCUGGCGAAGAGAUCUUCACCAUGCUUACUGGAGAGACCAAAGAGACGCUUUAUGAUGGCAUGGUCGUUCCCGUCACCAUCCGUCGCACGUUCUCCGACCACAUUGAAGUCAAGCUCGAAUGUGGUAUCGAAGGUGGCGUAUCAGAAUCUGAGUUCCCAGAGGGUGUUGGUAGUGGCGGCCAAGAACCACGACAUGUAUACCAACCACAUCAAGUCGUCCGCGCGCGCAUUCUUUUCAUCAGCCGCAAAGCUCUUACGGCGCAACUGUCGCUUCGCGAAGACCUCAUCCGCCAGCCAGAGAAGAAGCUCUAUGAUCGCGCAGCUGGCGAGUGGGAUGAUGCACAAGAAGCUGCUGAUAAGAAGGCCGCGGAAAAGGAGAAGGAAGUGGCAACUGGUCGCCCCAACCGCGUGGUAAACCAUCCUCUCUUCUUUUCCUUCAACACCGUGCAAGCAGAAGAAUACCUGGGUUCGAAAGAAACCGGCGAUCUCGUCAUUCGUCCAUCGUCUAAAGGGUUCGACCAUCUGGUCGUCACAUGGAAGGUAUCCAACAACGCAUACCAGCACCUCGAUGUCCUCGAGAUGAACAAGCCCAACCAAUUCACCCUUGGCAAACAGCUCAAAAUCGGCAAAAUGACAUACUCUGAUCUCGACGAGUUGAUCGUGCUCCACGUCGAAGCCAUGGCAAGAAAAGUUCAAGAACUAACUCGAGACGAGCGAUUCCAACCUGGUACCAAAGAGGAAACCGAACAAUGGCUAGAAACCUACUGCAUAGCCAACCCCCACCGCUCCAUGUACGCAUUCUGCAGCAUGCCCAAAUACCCAGGCCACUUUUGGAUUUGCUACCAAAUGGGCGCUGAUGCCCCGCGUGGCGCCUGGCCCAUCAAGGUCGUACCCAAUGCAUACGAGUUGCAGAAGCAUAUCUAUCCAGACAUGGUGGCGCUGAAGAAUGGGUUCAAGAUGCUGAUUGGGGCACAGCCGAGAGGGGUUCCGAGGAGGUAG